UUGGCAGGUCCAAACCUUUUUUGCGAUUUCGUAACAAUUUCUCGGCAUUUCAAGUCAAUUCAAGUGCAAUUCGCUCCGUCAAGUGUCUCUCCAUCUCGUUGACUUGCAGGAAAUCCAUCUGGCAUGAGCUCCAUCGCAAAACACGAAACGUAAGAGUUACGCGUCGCAAGUGCACAUAAUAUGGAUGACGAUGAAAAUAAUGCCAAAGUUGCAAAAAAUAAACAUUAGAAGGACAGAAAACGAGAGCGAAGACGAACUUGAUGAACAAAAGUGACGAAGAAUACGGUAAAAGUGCAUCGCAGACUAUUAUGGAAAUAGCAACAGAUGAUUCAUUCAUGCUAAUUUGUUUCAUCUCAAUUGUCGCAAUGGGAAUUAUGAUAACGCUAAUUGGAAAUUGUCUGUGUUGUCGUCGGAAUAAAGCUCAAAAAAGCGAAUUUAGCGGAGUUGAGGGCAUGGUAAAGAUAAAAAAGCUCGACGAAGGCGAUUUUGCAUCGAAUACGAAUCUGAAUGCGAAUGCAAAUAACGUAAUUGAACUUAAACUGCAUGGAAAUGAUAAUAGCACUCAAAGCAAUGAGAUUAAAAGAGUAACGAACGCUCCUCAUAGAAGUCUUCCUGAUUUGCCAGCUGAGAUCGGAGACACUGCAAUGGAUAAUAAUUCGGAUUUAUAUGCGACUGUCGGGGAUAAGAUGCAGCAAAAAGCUCCCGAAAAGAGUCCAUCAACUUUGAAGAAACAAACAAGUAUUUCGCAACACAGUUCCAUCAGUCAAGCCGAUGACUUUAGUUCGCCAUAUGCGAGAGUUCGUUCGCCGCCUCAUGCGUAUGAUAAGGUUAAACGUGCUGAACAUCCGUAUGCGCAAGUUGGCUCACAAAUGUUGCAAGAUCAAAGUUUAGACGAGACAGAUGGCGAAAAUUCGCCGUCGCAACGACAAUCAAACGGAAAUUUGCCCGAAACGGAAGACAAUCGACAAGAUUCCAUCCCCGCAGCAUCAGCAAUCGCAGGUCGCGUAUCCGCAAGUCAAGAUUUGCCUUAUAUGACGCCGCCCAUUCAUCCGCCCCAAUUGCAUUUCAGCGGAGAUUCGCAAGAUUCGUCGAAGGGAUACACGAGUAUUAGUGUCCGUGAGCCUUUAGCUAACAUCAUUGCCAUGACAAACGAACAAAAUGCUCAACGGAAACGUCGGGAAAUGAGUGAUUCGCAUUACGCGACAGUUUCUGAUGAUUCGGAUGAGAUGUAUGCCGCCAUCGAUGAUCCGAAUCACGUUGAUUUGUACACAAGCGGAUCCGAAACUUACGCUCAAAUACAACCGCCGAGUCAAAUGACGGUUUCUGUGGAAAUUAAUGCAACAAAUCAAGUUGUGCCGCAAUCGCAAGACGUUCCUGCGUCUUCGACAACGACUCGAGAAGCUCAAAUAACGCAAAAUUCGUCGCAAAACGACGCGGUUGUCGUUCAAGUUAAUCCAACGCCCGUUCCGCCCUCAAUUGACAGCUUAAAAACUCACAUGCAUUCACGUCAGGCAUCCGCAAGUAGUUGUUCCAGCUCUCUCGGAUACAUCAUUGGAAGUCCAAAACCCGAAAAACGUCAAGCAAACUCUCCCUUACCUCCGACGCCAAAAAGUCUCCAUAAAACUUCGUCAUCGAAUUUGACGUCAGGCAGUUCAAAUGUCACUUCGGGACGAAAUUCGGCAGCUUCGGUCAUCGAAGUGAGCAACGUCGUUGGAAUUGGAAAGAUGGAAACGCCCAAACAUGACACGAAAAAGAAAAGUCCCUCGAAAGACAUUGAAGGCAUGUACGCCAAAGUGAUGAAGAAGACAAAACUUUUCACAAAUUUACCCGAAAACAACGGAAAUGUACCCGAAAUGUAUGUUUCGGAUCCCGAUAUUACCAAAGAGAUGAACAUCGACUUUGACAAACACGAGACAGCAUCUCCGGGCAAAAGUAGCGUCACUUCCGACAACAAUUACGAGACGAUAGACAAGAAGAAGCGCAAUCGCACGGGAUCUUUCACGCAACGAGAUCCGGGUUACGAAACAAUUCCCGCAGAAAAGCAUCGAAAAUCGGAUUUGAAGCAAAAUGCGAGGAUGUCAGCGCCUGUUGGUAGUUUAACAACAACAAAAAUCGAAAUUCAAGAGGAACCGGGAUACGAAAUACUGCUUCAACCGUCGACAGUUGCUGUUGAUCCGGGAUACGAGAUCUUGAAACAAGCAAAUAACUCGGAUUACGAUCCAAAUUAUGAAGUUUUGAGACCCGUGGAUGACGGAUAUGCGCGAAUUAUGGAUAAAUAUCGGUCCCAAAAUGACGAAGAUGAUGAUUUGGGAGUCUCCCCGCUUGAUGGUUACGCGAAAAUUGGCGAAAAGAAACAAACGAACAUCAAUAAUAAUGUCGUCGUUGCACCCGUUGACGAUGAUGCGACGUCAAAUCUUUAUUCAAGUCUCACAAAUCCACCGUACGCAAGUUUAAACGAAGUCAAAUCCAACUCAAUUGCUCAAAAUACCGCAACGCCAUCGACGGAAAGCUUUACAUCUUCGGAAAAUAAUUUGCUGAGACCGUGUGAUGCGAGUUCGUUGACGGGCAGCGAUACCGAUCCCAAUUACGAGUCUGUGAGAUAUUUAAAAGUCACGGAAAAUCCGUACGAAAGGUUGCACAGUGAGAAAACGAGUCCCGUGAGUGUUGAAAGCGGCGAAAAAUCUGAAAAUGCACAGAAAAACGUUUCGGAUUUCUUUCAAGUGUGAGAUAACGAGAAAAAUGCCCAUUUGUUCAAAGAAUGGCUGGCAUGAACAUCACACACUCACUGAAAAAAAAAAACUAAAUUUACACACGUUUCCUUUAAAAAAUGUGACCUACUCGUUAUAUUUAAUACUACUCGUUAAAAAAAAUCGACAGACUGAAUUAUUUCAACGUUGUACCCGUGUAAAAGGUAUUUAUAUAAAAAAAUAAUUAAUUAUUAAUUAAUAUAAAAAAAUAGAAAUUUAUUAUUUUUAUUAAUAUUUAAGAAACG